UGUGAUUCACUUCCACGAGACGUAAAUAUUUAACAUAUAAAUUAUAAAGCAUAAAUAAGGUAAUAUUCUACGCAAGAGAAAGAAUGGCUACUCCAGCACCGGCUGAAAAAAAUUCAAAAGCCGCCAAAAAUAAUGACCAAAAAUCACAGGUAAUGAUUGGAGAGCUUCCAGAAGACUUUCUUCGGAUUUCUGUGUCAAACCAGCAGCAACUCGCUGCUGAUGAGCAAGCUGCAAUAGCCUUACAGCAGCAGUACUGUAGUGGAGGAUUUGCUCCUUCUAACGUGACAGGAAGGUUGAGCAUCACGGUGAUUGAGGCUAAGUUAAACAAGAACUAUGGGGUGACAAGAAUGGAUCCUUAUGUCAGACUUCGUGUAGGACACACUAUAUAUGAAACACCAACUGAUUAUAAUGGAGCAAAAAAUCCUCAUUGGAAUAAAGUCUUUCAUUGCUAUCUACCAACAGGAGUAACUUCCAUAAAUGUUGAAGUUUUUGAUGAAUGUGCUUUCACCUUGGAUGAGAAAGUUGCUUGGGGUCACAUAAAUAUUCCUGAAGUAGUCUUCAGUGGAGAAACUGUAGAAGACUGGUUUCCUCUGAGUGGUCGACAAGGAGAACAGAAAGAGGGUUUUAUUAAUCUUGCAUUUUCACAUACAACUCUUCCAGCUGGCCCAGUUCCAUAUCAACCUGUUGUAGUUGUUCCGACACCUUAUUAUCCUUCAGUGAUGCCAUAUUUCCCUGCUGGACCAGCAAUGGCUGUGCCACAAUAUCAACAGAUGUAUCAGCAGGAGACAGUACCUACUUGUCAGACAAGACAACCUGUACAGAUAACAGAUGAAGAUGUUAAACAGGUCCAGGAAAUGUUUCCAAACAUGGACAAAGAAGUUAUCAAAACUGUACUGGAGAGUAACCAAGGUAACAAGGAUGCUGCCAUCAAUGCCCUUCUUACCAUGAGUAGUGAAAGUUGAGAUAUUUUUCUGAAAGUUGUGAAGUUCAAGUAUAUGGAAAUUAUUUAUAAAGAGCCUAAAAGCUGAAAAUAAUUGAUUUUUGUGGGUUUUUGUUUUUUAUUUUCAUCUAAAGCAUCAUAUGAUUAAAUCAUAUUUGUUUAUAAAUAGUUUGUCUGCAUAAAAGAAGUCUGCCCCAUUUGUUCAUGUUUUUCUUCGUUGAAAAAGGUAAAGUCUUUUGUGUGUAAACUUGUAUAGAAGUGAAAAACCCCUUAAAACGUAUUUCGAAAAAGAUCUAUUCUAAUAGAAAUUUACUGAAAAAACAAACUAUUGGAUUUCAGGUUUUAAUGGACUGCAUAUUUCUGAAGUAUAGGAGUGGACAACACUUGUCUCUUUAUUGAGAUCUUUAUCACACUGAGCAAAUCAGUCCACUCCUACACUGGUCAGUUGCAUUCCAUAUAAAAAUUUCAAAUUAAGUAGUCUACUCUCCCUAAUAUUCUUCUAAAACAUUUGAAGAAAGUGUAUAAAGUUAUUUUUGAGGUAGGAUAUAUUAAGUAAUAGAAAAACCAUAUACCAAUCACUCAAAUUAAUCAAAUGUAGGAAUUACUUAAGACUAGUGAUUAUGAAACUUUUUAGAGUAGAUGCAUUUCCAUAUGUAUUGAUGUAAAGUGUACCUAACAUGUUAUUUUUUAGUAUGAAUGCUUUAUAAAGUUUUACAUGUAUUUUUCAAAGGUUAACAUUUGUAACAGUUGCAGCUUAUUUUGGACUUCAAAGUUAUUUUAUUAGUUUUUGUAAGUUGUGUGGAGGAAGACUGUAGUUAAGUUCACAAUUUUUUAGCAAGAAUAGUUAUGUAAGUAGCUAGUAAGUAUAUUUUCAAUUAUCAGUCGGAUUUGGUAUUCCUGCUGCUACUAAAAAAUUGUUUUAUUUUUGAUCAUAUACUGAUAAUUAAAUUUUCUGUAAUAUUUGGAAUAUUUUAACUGCAUAGCAAACUGCAUUUACUAAAGGACUACUUGACUUAAGAAUAAAUUAAUUGUUACCGUUGAAAUGUACCUUGUGUACUUGGAGAUGUUUUUGUUUUAAUAGAUUAUUUGUAUUGUGAAUAUCAUUUUAAGAACUACAAACAAAAUAUGAAAUGCUAUUGAAACUUGUAUCGGCAUCAAAGUAUAUUCAGAUGUUAAUGUCGUAAGUGCAAUUAAGAUUCAAUGGUCUGAAAGUAGUCUGAUUUUAUCAGUUACAGUAACUUAAAAUAAAAAAUGUAGUAGAACUGGUAUACAAGGUCAAAUUUAAAACAGAAUAGUUUGUGUCUUGCAUAUAUGUAGAUGUGUGUAAAACAUUGCAACUGAAGGUUAAGUACUGUUCAAACAGUUAGUUUAUUAUAUAUCAUCUACAGAUAAUGAUAUAAAUAUCUUCUCUUUUUAUCUUACAUUGAUACAUGUAAUAUAAUACCAUGUGACUUUUGUGGAAGUCACACAAAUUCCAAAGAGAAAUCAGACUGCUUAGUUUGAAGAUUAUUAUAGUUCCUCCAAAUGUGGAAAAGCAUUUGUUACAAUUUUGCUUUUGCUAAUGGCAUGUACCUCCCUAUAUAUAUAUAUUACUUUCUGUAUUAAGAAUGACUUUGUAACUGAUAAUAUUAAACAGAACAUGAAACUUAAAUAGAUAGGAAAAUACAUACAAAAAAUUAAAUGUCACAUGUUUGUUUCUGUUUUGAAAAUGUUGAAGGAAUGGAUCACGGUAUAAUGCUACACUAGUCACAGCGUAUGUAGAAAAUUAGUUCUAAGGUUGAUAUCUAUUGAUGUUUGUAAAUGAUUGGCUGAUAUAUUGGUGUAUGUGAUAUCAUCUGUAUGUGUACUAGAAUGAUGUCACUUGAUUGUUCUCAUUCAAUAAAAACUGCUUAUGGUAUCUGUA